UCCCCUCACUCACUCCCUCUCUAUCUCAUUCACUCCCUCCCUCCCGAUCCGGGCCUGGGUGACUGAGCUGCCCCCAAGGGCAACGCUCUAGAGACGCAGUGAAGCCUGACGAUGGCCUCGCUCUCGCCAGUGUCCAGCAGAGAUGCCAACACCAACUCCAAGCCGGCCAAGGCCCUGACAGACCUGGACUUCCACUCGGGAGCCCGGAUCGAGGAGAUUAACAAACUGAUCCAGGAGUUCGGCAAACACGAGCUGAGGGAGUACGAUGAUCAGAGGGCGUUAGAGGUGCACACAGCCAAGGACUUCAUAUUCUCCAUGCUGGGGCUGGUACAGAAGCUCGACCACAAGCUGCCGGUGGCCAAUGAGUACUUGCUGCUGUCGGGAGGGGUGCGCGAGGGAGUGGUGGACAUGAACCCCGACGAGCUGGGCGACUACGCCAGGGGCACGGACUACGACAUCGACUUCACGCUGCUGGUGCCCGCCUUGAAGCUGCACGACCGCAACCAGCCGGUAACCCUGGACAUGCGUCACUCCGCCCCCUGCCACUCCUGGCUCAGCCUGAGGCUCUUCGACGAGAGCACGAUUAACCGGUGGAGGGAUUGCUGCACAGAGAGUGGGGCUGGGAACGGGGCUGGGGGUGGGGGAGGGGGUGGGAACGGGGCUGGGGGUGGGGGAGGGGGCGCCCACUACUUCUCCCCCACCCGAGUGGCCGAUUGGUUCUUCCGCUCGGUAUCUGCUGUGAUCGGGGAGAUCCGCAGCCACCCCCAGCGGGGGGUCCCCAGGGUGGAGAAGGUGGAGCAGAACGGGACGGUGGUGUCGGUCAUCCUGAGGGCCGGGGGCAGCCGGAUGCUGUACGACAUUGUGCCCGUGGUGUCCUUCAAGGGCUGGCCGGCCGUGGCCCAGAACUGGCUGAUGGAGAACCACUUCUGGGACGGCAAGAUCACCGAGGAGGAGGUGAUCAGCGGCUUCUACCUGGUGCCCGCCUGCUCGGCCUCGGGCGACCCCCAGAACGAGUGGCGGCUGGCCUUCUCCCGCAGCGAGGUCCAGCUCAAGAAGUGCAUUUCGCCCGCCCUCAUCCACGCUUACCAGGCCUACAAGGCGGUCAUCAUCAAGCUGCUCUCCAGACCCAAGGCCAUCAGCCCCUAUCACCUGAGGAGCCUCAUGCUGUGGGCCUGCGACCGCCUGCCCUCUAGCUUUCUGUCUCAGGACGACAACACGGCUCACUUCCUGCUGGGCCUGAUCGACGACCUCUCCCACUGCCUGGUCAACAAGUCCUGCCCCAGCUACUUCCUCCCGCAGUGCAACAUGUUCGAGCACCUGUCGGACGAGACGGUGCUGCUGCUGGCCUGCAAGCUCUCCUCGGUCCGCACCGACCCGGCCGAGCACCUCCGCACGGCCAUCGAACACGCCAAAGCCGCCAACAAGCUGGCCCAGGAGCUGCGCAAGGCCUCGCGGGGAGUCCAGGCCUCCCAGUCGGAUGGGGUCCUGGUCAACGCGGGCCGGCAGGACGACAGCCUAGCCAGGAAACUCCAGCAGCUGGUGACUGAGAACCCAGGCAAGUCCAUCUCCGUCUUUCUCAACCCCGAGGACGUCAGCAAGCCCCACUUCCGCAUCGACGAUAAGUUCUUCUGACACCAAUGGGUGGGGAGGGAGGGAGGGAGGGAAAGGUGAAAGUACGAAGAGAGGUGUAAGGACACUCCUCGCCUCUGCUUAUCUCCUACUGACCUCAACCCAACGGUGUUGGGAACUUGGUGCUUUUGCGGGAAUAAUGGGAAACGGCUGUGAUGUGUGAUGGAUGAGCUUACAAUGGAGCCUUGGCCAAUCCUUUCCUCCUUCUCCCUCCC